AUGGAUUCGGUUCCGUCUAACGCCGUCGUCGCAGUAGGAGAAACGAAGCCACAGCUGCUUAGCAUUGUGCAGAUUAACCUGCAUCACUGCAAGGCAGCUGGGGCUGAGCUUCUCCUAUCCCUCUCCAAGCAUGAAGUUGACAUAGCCCUGGUCCAGGAACCUUACAUUUUUAAGAAUAAGGUAACUGGGCUAGGGAGUGAGCGGUACAUCACCUAUGCCACCUCCAAUGGGGAAAAGGUUAGAACGUGUAUCGUCGCAAAGAAGAACUUAAACUUAAUCUUCCUUAACAAUUUCAGCGGAGGAGACGCCACGGCGGUCAGACUGGAGACUGGGACGGGCAAAACACUAUUCCUCGUCUCCCUGUACCUUCCCUUCGAGCACCCCGACCCACCAGGCCAAGUGGUAGAGGAGCUGGUCUCAGUACUGGGUGGAAAAGGCGGACUCAUCAUUGGAUGUGAUGCAAACGCUCACCACUCUCAAUGGGGCAGUAGUAACACCAAUGCCAGAGACUAGGAUGAUCACAAUGGGCCAAUAGGUCUCCGAGUGGAGUGGUUGUUGUUUUUACGCAACCACACAUCCUUUAACCUAACCUAACCUAACC